AUGGAGAUUCUGAGGGAAAAAGAAGGUUUUAUUGUGAGUCAGAGAAAAUUUACCUUGGACAUGCUGAAUGAGUUUGAAGUUUCUCACUUGCCUCGAGUCACCUCUCCUCUUGACCCUUCUUCCAAACUCCAAGCUGAUGAUGGGAAACCUUUGCAUAACCCCACAGUGUAUCGACAUCUAGUCGGGAAGUUGAACUACCUGACUAACACUCGACCAGAUCUGUCUUUUGCGGUCCUCACCCUCAGCCAGUACAUGCAGAGGCCAUGUCUCUCUCACUUCAAUGCAGCCUUACUAGUGCUGAAAUAUUUAAGCUCAGAUCCUGGCCAGGGGAUCCUUCUAUCAGCAACACCAUCUUUCUCCGUGCUUGCAUUUUGUGAUGCUGAUUGGGCUUCCUGCAAAGAUUCAAGAAGAUCUGUUAGUGGCUUCUUUAUCACAUUAGGAGGAGCACCAAUUUCUUGGAAAUCAAAGAAACAAGUGUCAAUUUCUCUUUCAUCUGCAGAAGCAGAAUAUAGAUCUAUACGUAGAGUGACUGCAGAACUUACUUGGCUUGUUCGUCUUCUUGAGGAUUUCUCUGCUCCAGUCACACUUCCCAUACCUCUUCAUUCUGAUAGCAAGGCAGCUAUCCACAUAGCCCGUAACCCUGUCUUCCAUGAGCGCACGAAGCAUGUGGAAAUUGACUGCCAUUUUAUGCGUCAACAAUUUCUUUCCGGGUUGAUUACACUCUCUUUUGUUCCUUCUAAAGAACAACUGGCAGAUGUCUUCACAAAGCCUCUAUCAGGGGUUUCUCAUUCAGAAAUUCUGAACAAGUUGGGGGUCACCAGGUUACCCUCCAACUUGAGGGGGGAUAUUGGGAAGAAACCCCAUCCUAAUUUGGUAUUCAUGAAUCCGUGCUCAAGAAUACAGAAAGGAUCCAACGAUAAAGAAGAAGAAGAGUUCAGAUGA